AUGGACGUCCACGAAGUACAACGAGUUCUGACGGACUUUCUCCAAGAAUUGUCCACCUUGUUCCACCGCGUUCCGGGUUCUGCGAUCCUGCUCCGUUACGUCAAAUCCAGUUAUCAGAAUGACCCAAUUCGCUCAGCCGUCGAAUUGUUCCUGUUCCUUUUUGCUGUGCGAUAUCUUCUUGCGCCGAAAUAUUCAACAAAGCCUGGCAUCGUGAAGCUCUCGGAGGAGGAGAUUGAUGAUUUGGUUGAUGAAUGGACCCCGGAGCCUCUUGUCGGCACUCCGACAGCCUUGGAAGAGGCUGAGGUCGAGAAAAGAACAGUUAUUGUCGGACCGACCGGUCCCAAAGUCAAAUUGUCCAAUGGACGAAGUGUUAUGAACAUGGCCUCUUAUAAUUUCUAUAACUUCACGUCGAACGAAUCGCUCAAGGAAAAAGCCAUCCAAACACUGCGGACUUACGGCGUUGGACCCUGCGGUCCUCCCGGAUUCUACGGUACUCAAGACGUGCACAUCAAAACGGAAGCAGAUGUCGCUGCGUUCCUCGGCACAGCGGCGUGUAUAAUUUACGCCCAAGCCUUUUCGACCAUUUCUAGUGUCAUCCCCGCUUUUUCCAAGCGAGGAGAUAUCAUAGUUGCCGAUAAGGGCGUGAGCUACGCUAUUCGCAAAGGAAUCCAGAUUUCGCGAAGCACAGUGCGAUGGUAUGAACAUAAUGAUAUGGAAGAUCUUGAGCGUGUGCUUGAAAAGGUUACUCGAGAACAAGCUCGCAAGCCAUUGACUCGUCGCUUUAUCAUCACUGAAGGCUUGUUUGAAUCUAUCGGUGAUAUGGUGGACCUGCCCAGAAUUGUCGAACUCAAAUUCAAGUACAAAUUUCGCCUCAUUUUGGAUGAGACUUGGUCUUUUGGUGUUCUUGGACGCAACGGUCGUGGCAUUACGGAGCACCAAAAUGUCGAUGCAACGGAGAUUGAUAUGAUUGUCGGUUCUCUUGCUGGCCCCAUCAUUGCUGGAGGUGGUUUCUGCGCUGGGUCCGAAGAGAUCGUUCAUCAUCAGCGUAUUUCGGCAUCCGCAUAUACAUUCUCUGCCGCUUUACCUGCUCUGUUGUCGACUACUGCUAGUGAGACUAUUAAUAUGAUGCAGACCAACCCAGAUCUGUUCGUUCAGCUUCGAUCCAAUAUCAAGACUAUGUGGUCACAGCUUGACCCACGUAGCGACUGGAUGUAUUGCACAAGUGCGCCAGAGAACCCAGUCAUGAUAUUGGCUAUCAAGCCGGAGAUUGUGUCUUCGAGGAGGCUGUCUUAUGAGGAUCAGCAGUUUUUGCUGCAAGAUAUAGUAGAUGAGACCCUGGCAAAUGGUGUACUUAUUACCCGACUCAAGUCGUUGCCCGACAGCGUGACACCAAGCCAACAGGUCCUACCAUCUCUUAAGAUCUGCCUGACAACCGGCUUGACGAAGCGCGAAGUCGAAAAGGCCGGAACGAUCAUCCGUCACGCGAUUACAAAAGUACUAGGCAAAAAACGAUAA